UCAACGAUAAGAUACAAUAGGCCUAAUGUCUACAGGGUUAUGGUUUCAAAAUGUCAAUAUAACCCAGAUUUUCAAAGUUAUCUAAAGCAGAAGGUCCAGCUCGCCGUUGCAAACAGGCAAAAUGAUUCCGCGAUUUUUAUUUGUCUCAACGCUAGCUCUAGGGUUAGUUCUUUUAAUAGGCAUCAACUGCCAGAAUCCUACCCAUUGGUCGCCAGUCUGUCCUUACGAGUGUAUUUGUAUUUGGGGUGCCAGCUUCGACCCGAAAGUUUAUAAUGGAACAUACAUGAACUGUUCGUUUCGUAGACGUGGACCAUUUCCUGUGGGCGAGGUUCCAGAGGAUACCGUUAUACUUGAUCUGUCUUUUAACGAUAUGGAAGAAAUACCGACAGGGGCGUUUGACAAGAUACUCCAUUUACAGGGUGUUUGGUUAUUAGGAAACCAGCUAUCCGAGACCAAAGUGAGCCAAGGGGUAUUUGAUCCGCUGAAGCAUUUAGAGAUAAUUGAUCUAUCGCUUAAUAACUUUACUCGAAUUCCUCAUGAUUUACCAGAAACAAUCAAGCGGUGUAAUUUUGACACCAAUAAGAUAACACAUUUAUCCAGCACCGACCUCCACAGAUACCCUCUACUGGAGACCCUCCAGUUAUCUAACAACAACAUCACAUAUAUUCCGGUCGGCUUUUUUGCUAAACAAACAGUCUUGUCAGUGUUACAUAUUUCUUCUAACCCGCUCGCUAGCAUGGGGAUUCCUAAUGGCGUGUUCAAAGACGCUAUUAGUCUAACCACUUUGGAACUUAUAUCAGAUAAAUUGACUGGAAUCCCAAGUGGUUUGCCGGAAACCCUACAAACCCUUGAUCUGUCAACGAAUAACAUUUACCAUCUCUAUCCUGGGGACUUUGCAGGACAUUCACGACUUGAGAGGCUCGAGUUGUCCUCGAAUGAAAUAUCAGUAUUAGACAUUGGGGUAUUUUCAAGUCUGAUAAAUCUGAAAAGCAUGGGUCUCGCUUAUAACCAACUGCGUUAUUUAAGUGACGGAAUGUUCGAUGGACUUGUCAGCCUCGAGUCAAUAUUCUUGAAUGGGAACAACAUUGAAAUAAUAUCCGACAAUGUUUUCGUUCCUUUAAGGAAUCUUGCAACCAUUGACUUAGGCUCUAACAACCUUAAAACAUUACAGUAUGAGGUUUAUUAUAAUCCACCCUUCAAGAAUUUGACUUCGCUGUUCAUAUUGUCUAACCCGUGGAACUGCGAUUGCCGCCUCAGAUGGUUGCGUGCGCUGGUUGACCUGAAGCCUUAUCUGCUGUUUCUUCCGGAAUUGGUGAAAUGUGUGCAACCACCAUAUUUGCAGAACUUGACAUGGGGCAUCCUGUUUCCAGAAGACUUUGUUUGCUAAUUUGAUGGCAAAAGAGAAGCUGGUUUGGCAGUACAUGGAAUGGUGAAGUUUUCAUAAACAUGAUCAAGGUCAAAUAAGUUUCGUUUAUCUAAUCGGAUGCACUGAAGUUCGACAG